UGCCGCCGAGCCGCGGCUGGGGGCGAUGCCGCCGCGCCGCCCGCCCGCCGCGCCGCCCCGCCGCCCGCCCGGCGACCGGCGAGGCAGCGCCCGGCGGCGGGCGGGAUAAUGCAGCUGCCCGGCCCGCAGGCACCGCCAGCGGGGCGCCCCCGCCGCCAUGUCCCCCCCGGCCUCGGCGGCCGCCGCCAGCGAAGGAGGCAGCAGCACGCCGGUGCCUCCGGAGGAGGAGGCGGAGGGGGCCAGAGAGGAGCAGCGGCCAGUGAAGCAGUCUCUCAGCAAGUCCCUGUGCCGAGAGUCCCACUGGAAAUGCCUGCUGCUGUCCCUCCUCAUGUACGGCUGCAUGGGAGCCAUGACCUGGUGCCACGUCACCAAGGUGACCCGGCUGACCUUUGACAGCGCUUACAAGGGCAAGUCCAUGAUGUACCACGACAGCCCCUGCUCCAAUGGCUACGUCUACAUCCCCCUGGCUUUCCUGGUGAUGCUCUACGUGGUGUACCUGGUGGAGUGCUGGCACUGCUACACGCGCAACGAGCUGCAGUACAAGGUGGACGUGGAGAGCGUGCACGAGCGCGUGCAGCGCAUGCAGCAGGCGACCCCCUGCAUCUGGUGGAAGGCCAUCAGCUACCACUACGUCCGCAGGACGCGGCAGGUCACCCGCUACCGCAAUGGGGACGCCUACACCACCACCCAAGUGUACCACGAGCGGGUCAACACCCACGUGGCAGAGGCCGAGUUCGAUUAUUCCAACUGUGGAGUUAAGGACAUCUCUAAGGACCUCAUUGACCUGGAGAGCUACCCGGCCACACGGCUCCGCUUCACCAAGUGUUUCAGCUUUGCCAACGUGGAGUCCGAGAACUCCUAUCUGACCCAGCGGGCCCGCUUCUUCACGGAGAAUGAGGGCCUAGACGACUACAUGGAGGCCAGGGAGGGGAUGCACCUCAAAAAUGUGGACUUCAAGGAAUACAUGGUGGCCUUUUCCGACCCGGACAACCUGCCUUGGUACGUAUCUCACUAUGUCUUCUGGGUGGCAGCUCUGCUGACCCUAUCCUGGCCCCUGCGGGUGCUAAACGAGUACCGCACCUCCUACGUCCAUUACCACGUGGAAAAGCUCUUUGGGUUCGACUACGUGGCUGUGACGCCGGCCGAGGAGCGCUCCUUCUGCCGGAGGAUGCCCCGCGUCAACACGGUGGACAGCACCGAGCUGGAGUGGCACAUACGAUCCAACCAGCAGCUGGUGCCCAGCUACUCGGAGGCGGUCCUGAUGGACUUGGUGGGGCUCUCCGGCUGCACCAGCUACUCCGCCUGCCGCUACGGGGGCUACCGGCAGAACUGCGAGCGGUGCCACAGGACUAUAAGCAGCUCCUCCAUCUUCUCCCGCAGUGCUCUGAGCAUCUGCAACGGCAGUCCCAGGAUCCCCUUCAGCAGCAGCCGCUUCUCCCUGGGCCGCUUGUACGGCUCGCGGCGCAGCUGCCUCUGGCAGAGCCGCAGCGGCAGCCUGAACGAGCAGAGCUGCCCCACCGAGCAGACACGCCUCUCCAGCCAGGUGACUGUGGAGGAGGAAGACCCCCCUCCUUAUCAGGAUGCCCUCUACUUCCCUGUCCUCAUCGUACACCGCAACGAAGGCUGCCUGAACCACGACCACCGUCACCUCCAUCGCAAUGGGUCCUGCGUGGAGACCUCACUGUGAAAGCAGAAGGCGGUGGGAUCUCAUUGUCCAUUGCCUGGCCCGAGCCAGCGCAGGAUUUGGGGAGAGGAGCACGAGGGGGAUAGCCUAGGAGGACAUCAGGAUGGAGUGGACAUGGCAUCCUGCUCCGGCAGCCAGCAGAAGCUUCCCCCGCUGUGGCUCUGACCUCCCAGAGGGGUGGACGCUGAUGCUCCCCCGACACGGCACAGAACUCUAGACCGAUCACCACACGCAAAAAAAAAAAAUCAACCAAACCAACUGCAAAACCAUAAUUCAUGGUAUCAAGACCCAAAGGGGGGAAUAAAACAACAGGCCUGAUGCAGGGAGGGGGUGGCUUUGGCUCCCAGCCCUGGCUCCAGGCUGGCUCGUGCUCCAAGGAACCAGCAGCCACCACAAAGCACCCUGCUGCACCUCUGCCCACCCUGCUUCCCACACUGGAGUGAGACCCCUCACAGGGUGGAGGAGAACAGGCCCCUGGGAGCGGGGUGUCGCUGCCUGUGAUGGAAGAUCAUGGGUACCCAGGCACCUGGAGCUGAGUGGCAGACCAUGCUUCGACUGUUACUUUGUUCUCACUGCUGGGAAUGGCAUUGCCUCCAGAGGACCCCAGGCUCAGCUCCUUAGGAAGCUUCGGUGUGCCAGCUGUGAGUCAGCAUCCCCUUGGUAAAGGGUUUUCUGUUUGGGCAUGCAGCGGCAGGGAAGGGAUGAAUGUGCAAAUCCAGGUGGAGCAGAGAUCUGCAGUGCUACUGAUGUGUUUGCUGGAGGAGGGCUCAGCUGGAAGGAGAAAACGAGGGGCCCCCGGUGAGCUGGGGAAGAGGAUGGCACUGGGACAGACAUUGUGGUAUCAGGUGGCACAUCAAGUGGCUGGGGACCCUUCCUGGCUUUGAAGUGAGUCCUAAUUGGCUUAGCUAAGCAUCAAGGAAAUCUCUGGUAGGUUCAGCUGCAGUUCACCUACUGAUAAUGGAGCAGCAGGUUGGUGCAUGUCUGCAUGAGUGAAUUUUGCAUGAGAUCCAGCUGGGCUCUGGCUGUGGACUCUGAGCUGCAGGCUCCUGGAAGCCUCAUUCUGGCAGAGAGCUCUGAGGGGAUAGGAAGGACAAAUGCAAAAGCAUGCUGGAGAAUUGGGAACUUCAGCUGGGAAAAGUAGGAUCAAAAGGAUUCUGUUUCUGUGGGACUCCACUAUUGGUGCAGGACCCAUGCAGGAGGCAUCUGCCAAGAGGGAUGCUCUGCAGAACAGAGGCUGGGGAUUCAUUAGAGGAGAACCUGAUUAAAACUUAAUGUUUUGCAUGACAGGUUUUUGCAGGGAGGUGUCAGGCUCUGAGAAGUGAGGUGAUUUCUGUGUAGCUCAUUAGCUACUGAGUUCUUCUGCCUUGGUCUUGUCAGGAGAGCUUUGUGCUGCUGCUUCUACCCCGCUGGAAAGGAUCUCAGUGACAUUGGGCAAAGAGCCUUUGUGUCACUGAAGCUGCAAUAGUGUUUGGAGCGUGCAGACACCCAACUUUUCCUCCUCCAGCAACAAAUCCCCAGAUCUCCUGUGUCCCUGUUCUCAGAAAAGCUGUCUCCUUUUCAGACAGCUCUCUGGGGAGUGCAUGCUAAAUCAACCAGUGAUUUCUCCAGACAGACUACUCUUCAGCAUCACCCCGCUUCCCUCAUCAGCUAUGGCAAACAAGAGCUAAGAGCAGCGUGUCCUGGGUGGCAAGGGCAAGUCCACUGGCACCUGAGCAUUUGUGCUUGGUGUCUGUCUCCCCAUCUGCUGCAGAAGGGCAAACAGUGAGGCAUUAUAUUUAGUCCAGCCAUCUUCCUCCUGCCAGCUGUUCAUGAGGGCUCUGUCUCUCUCAUCGUGCUGCUCUACUGCUUUUCCUCCCAGGUCUUGAGGAGGCUGCAAAUGCACCCAUGUGCCACACUGGUCCUCUUUUGAAAGUCAUCUCCUGCUGACAAGCCUGGAGUGGUCAGCACUUGUGGGCGUUGUGGGGCUCCACUUUUCAUUUCCCCCAGAGCCGCCUGUUCUGCUCUUUAUGUCCUGCAUCUCCUGGUUAGUGUCUCUUGUCCUUUGAGUCAGUUUGUCCUCCUGGAUCUCAGGUGCUUAACUGCAAACAGCAGUGGUUUGAACAGGAAGUCUCUUAAAAUCUCACUCUGUUUAUGAAUCCGUCUUAGCAUCUGUCCUUCCUUUCAGUACCAGAGCUAGAUGCUGGCUUAAAGAAGAGGGUCCCUUGGAAGACAGAAAAGCAUAAGAUCUCCAGUGUAGGCACAUCCCUCUCUCUGUUUUGUUCUCAUUAUCUUUGGCACAGAUUCAGACUGGGCGAAAGCAGCCCUGGGAUUUCCUUGCUUUGUAAUGACAUUUGGCUUGCUGUGCACUCUGCUUCUCUCUCCAAGGGCCUAAUGUAAGCCAAGGCCACUGUGGAGUGUCCUCGUGACUCCAGGGAGAUAAUGGUAUGUGCUUGUAUGUCCCAGUGAAUUCAGACAGUGGAGCUGCAAUGGGUCAUUAGUGAGGAAUGAGGUCCCUGCUUGUCCUUCCUGACAUGUUCUCUUUGUAAUCUCCUGCACAUUGCUGAAAUUAGGCUGUAAUGGCUCAUCUUUCUAUCUCCAGCCUCCAAGGUGCCUUGGACAGAUGGAUUUAUCGAAGUUUUGGCAGGCCUUUUAGCUCCCUGGGGCAAAGACAGUCUUCACAAUAGGGACAGAUUAGCAGGGUCUCUGUGCCCCCAGCUUUUAGCAUCUGCAGCAGAGUUUCAGGCAUCAUGUCCUUGGCUUUUUCGGGGGCUUUCCAUGAGAAUCCCUUAUCUUGUUCCUCUGGCCCCAUUUUCAGCUGCGAAAUCUUAUUUUGGAGUUGGUCUAUCCAGGUGGACACAUAGAUCUUCGAGGCACGGCUGCUGUUCUGACCCACAGGACCUGUACAGUCUUCCUGUUACUGAACACCUUCCCCGUCUACAUGGUGCCAGCUGCAGCCAGUUCCCAGCUGUAGUCCCAGUGCUACUGUCUGUGGCUGGUCCAUACCCACAGUACCCGGAGAAGUGGGACCUCUCUAGUCAGUGUUCCCCACUGCGUGCCAGGAUUUCUCAGAGAUCCCAUCCCUCAUAUUCUUGGCCCUGCAUCUGGUAGGACUUGCCCCCCUGGUCCAUCCUAUUCCAUUCUCUCAUGGGUGGAGACAUGCCUCAGGCUCAGGAAAGGGGGAUGGUGCACUUGGACAUGGUAGGGGGGCAGGACUGGGUAGCAGGAGCUGCCUGAUGCUUGACAGAGGAGUGGUGGAGCUGAAGAGGAGAAACUGAGACUAGGGUUCAUCCUGGCAUGUCUAGUCAGGCAGGAAGGUUCAGAGCAGAAAACGGGGCUCUCCCUUCUGUCUCCUGGCAUGGGACACUACUGGCAAAGAGGGUCUCCUCCUAAGGGAUGGUGAGAGACCGCAGUGCCCUGGGCCAAGGGCAGCUGCUGUAAUUCUGCUUAUGGCUCAGGUUACGAGCACAGAUACCCAGAGAUGGCCUGUCCCUGUUCUGGCACACAGCCUCUCCACGGAGUAGCCCCAUCUCCUGACACAUUCACAUCACCCACCACAGCUCUGGGCUGUGCAGCAGUCAGGUAUCUGCUCUUCCUGAGACUUGUGUCUCCACUCUUACCUAUUCACGUUGGUGAUGACGAUUCCUUUGGCAGGUCAUUCGAUGGCCCAAUCUGCUCUUCUCAGGAUAGCCUUCUUCCUUAUAUCUGAGUUCACCCUGCUGUAUCUUAAUCCCAUUACUUCUCCUCCAUUGACUGGUGAGUCUAAUUGGCUCUGAUCCUCUUUCCCAUGGCCUUCCUGACACAAGCAGGCCUGUUAUCUAUAGCCAGUCCCAUCGUCUUGAUGUCACUUGCCAGACCGUGGCUUGAGUGGCGGUGCAGUUUUCACUGUGUAGUGAGUAUGUGACUCCUGCUCUGAGCCUGGCCCGGGCAAGAGGGCCAAAGGUGCAAGCAGUGCCUUGCUCUGUCGGGGUGGCUGUGUCCUCAUUUCUGGUGCAGAAGAACUCUUCAAAGUGAGCGGAGUACACAGAGCUGCUGGCUGCUUACACAAGGAAAAGCAGGACAGCACACAUCACCCUCUGGGAAGGUCAGAGCUGGGUGCUUGUCAGUAUGAUGGGGGCAAUAACUAGAAGGAUCUCUGCAGUCAGAUGGCUUUGGUUUUUUCUGUAUAUCAUUCAAACACUGCAGCUUUCUAUGGGCUGAGAGUCAAGCUCAGCAUUGCACUUAGCAGCGGACUUGCCUCACAUACCAGAAGGAGGGAGGUAGGAAUGCUGCCAGCUCCUCUUCGUGGCCCUUGGUGGUGCUAAUGCAACCCAGAAGAGGGCUAGUCCUUACUGCUGCAAGGCUGGAGAAUUAGUUUGGGCUAUUUGGUGUUUCCCAUCUGUCAAUGUACUUGUCAGGUACUUAAAAGCUCUCCAGCUUUUCUGAACUAGAGAAAAAGAGAGAGGGAGAGAAGUGUGUGAGAAGCUCUGGAUUAGCUGAUCAUCAAGACACAUCACCACCCAUUUAUCUAUCUUUCAGCACAGUGGAAGCUUCCCACAUAGUGCCUAGCACCUUUCUUGUGCAGAAGCAGUCGAUGACACCAGCCAGCCAAGUGGUAAUUCUUUGAGCUCUCUGUGUUUCUUGUCUCACUCCACACCAAAGAAGGAGGUUUCAGAGAGGGCUGCCAGGGUGAGCAGCUGUAGGGGCAUUCAUUAGCAUGGGGAGAGGGAAUCUGAGCCUAAGGCCAAGGCCAGGCCUUCCAGGCAUAUAUGCAGUAUAAAGGCUUGGGAAGCUGCUGUUCAUCUAUUGUCAAACAAAUGUACCCCCCUUCCUUUCUGCUCCCCAUCAAAUGCACAUUAGAGAUCCAGCUGGUUCCUUCCCUCUUUGUUAUCUCUUCAGGAGGCUGCAGGGUUGUUUAAUAACUGAUGGAUGCCAGUGGGGUGAGAACUGCAGGAAAAGAUGUAUUAAGUGGAAGUUUAAGAAAGUUAGGUAGCAUCUGAUGCCAGUAAAACAGCACCUGCUGGUUAGCAGGUGGGAUGAAUAAUCUCCUUCCAGCCUUUCCAACCACAGCUUCAGUAGUGCUGUCUAAUGCCACCAGGGUGCUGCUUUUUAGCAGGUACAGACUUUGCUGCAGUGUGCUCCUACUCUGUUGCAGUCGCUAUAGGGGCUGGGUCUGAAAUGCUACACCACCACCAAGAUGUUGUGUUACCAAAGAGCUGUAAGUCUCAAGCUGGGAUAUGUCCUUCUGAUCAUGUUUCAUUCAUAUUCAGUGGUUAGAAUAAAGUCUGUAGGAAUAGGAUCUGGAUCCAGGUAAAGUCAGAAAUGAAACAUAGUUUAAGUGAUAGCUCUGUCUGGCACUGCUGCCUCCUGUGAUGCCCUUGGGCCCACGCUCUCCACUGAGCCAGGUAUGCAUGGGGACCAAGGUCUGGUUCAUAGGACCUCGGACCCCAGUGGGGACUUGGGGCUGAGCCUGCCUAGAGCUGUUUUCCCUGUGGGCAUUCUGGAGAAAGUGUAAAGUGGUCAUAGUCACACUUCAGGUAGAAAUUAAUGGGCUGAGUUCAUUCCUAGUGUUAUUUUGCUGAAGCCAGUGGUACUAUACUACUGUGAGGUUGGCUUAGCAGCUCCUCAGAGGGGUCUUGAGUCCAGUAAAAUUGAUCUGUCCCAGUGUUGCUUUGAGGCAUAGAUUUUGUGUUGGGACUUGGCCAACAUGAAUGAAUGUUGAAUAUCUGUGGUUUCUACAAGCAGUGGGUUGAAUUGUUCUGCUCUACUGCCUCUGUCACAGCUGCUCCACCAAGGGGAACAUUAUGCCUGUGGAUGUGAUCUCGUCAGCUCCCUCAAAAGCAAGCUAACAAGCAAAUUGACCUCCACAGCACUGGGAGAGGAGCCUUCUCCCACAGGACCAUAGCCUUUCCACUUCUGAGGUAGAAGAGGUCCCAAGGACAGAACUGAACCUGCAAGACCUCGUGGCCUGCCCUUCCUCCUUCCCUCCUUACCUCAUGUCUGUCUUGGGGGAGGGACAGUUUCCCUGUGGAGUUCAGCAAGCUCCUCUUCCUGCAGCUCGUAAACAGGCUCUACUAACAGGUAUAUCAUCCACCUAUGCAACUCUUCCAGAAGCUGCCAGAUUUUCAGGAGCCCGUUACAAUGUGCAGCAUGGCCAUCCAGCACUGAGAAUAAGCACAGUGGCUGCUGGAAAGCUAAGUGGGUUUUAUUCCUCCCCCAUUCCCCAGGAAGACUCUUUUUGUUGGGCCAUUUUGUUUGUUCGUUUGUUUGGUUUUUGUAGACUUCAUUUCGGGGAAAUUAAACUUGUGAGAAAUUGGUGCCCAUCCUGAACUCUCCCCCAUCCUUCGAACUCUGUGAAUGGCUGGAUCACCUACUGUGAUUAUAAUAUAGUGGAUUUUGUAGAACAAAAUAACUUCACACACAGACACAUGAGGUUCUCUCACUCUCCAUCAGCACAAGCUGCUUCUGCAAUCUUAGCUACUCACAUUAGUGAAAGAAAAAGCCUAGCUAGAAUGUGGUGAGAUGACGUAGUACUUUGUAUCAGUCCCAUGGUCCCAGCGUCCAUUAGCAGCGCCAUCAGCUGCCGUGACACGAAUUCAGUCUUUGGAUGGCAGCCCGUGAACCAGUCAGGGUGAAAGCUGGGAAAAUCCCAAGCCAGAGUCUAUGCACAUUUCCAGAAGCAGAUGCAGAAGGACGAUCAGCUGAAAGCAGGCAUCACCUCCCGCUGGGCCCCAGCAGAAGCUGGUGGGCUCUGUGUGUGCUGCACCUGCCCCCCAGGAAGAGCCUGUCCCCAGGGCCGAGCAGGGGGAGCCAGAGCAGCAGUGUCUGAUGGAGCAGCACUGCGCAGCUGACUGGGGAAACAGUGGUGACAGCUAGACCCCAGAGUAACAGGAUUUCACUUUGGAAAUGCCAACGGCUUUUUCAAACUGAAAUGCAACAAGAAGGCCUUAACAGCUGUGAGAAGUGUUUCACAUCGCUGUUCCUUGCUUAAAGAAAAGAUUUUUGGUGAUGAGGUGGCUUUAAACUCUCUACUCCUUCCAUCUCUGUUAGUAAUGUGCCAUGCUGGUGGAGAAGGAAUUCCCAAGGCAGAUCAGGAUGGUGGCCCUGUGGCUUUGCAGUGGGGUAGGUCGAUCAGGAAUGGAGGCCAGAGUUUAAAAUCUUUCUGUGCCCCUGGAGGUGUGACAUGGCCAUCGCCCAGGCGUGGCGGGGUGGGGUUCUGUGUGCUGAUGCACAGCUGGGGUCUGUGGCCCUGUGGAGGGUUGAUAUGCUUGUGGCUUCGGUGUGGUGACACCCAUCCACCCUUGCAGCAAGGGCUUUUCAGGGUGACAGGGCAUUGCUUCUUCCUCAUGAGAGGAAACUCCUGACCUGGUUUCUGUGAGGAGAUGGUGUGAAGUGUCACAUUUGCUGCAGUGAGUGGCAGGGAGCAGGGAUAAAAGCAUGGAGCAAGCUGUGUUUGAGAACAAGCUAAUCCAUUGCUGGCUGCCUGAAACUGGAGAGCUGCUGGAUCUGCUCCCUGGACAACGCUUUCCAGCUCUUCUCACUCUCCCCAAACCCGAUGUGCAAACUGCCAUUCCUCUGAGCUAGCCAAGGUACUCCCCUGCCCUGAACUCCUCUGAGGCCAUGUAUUCACAUCCUUUUGGUCCCCUCCCUGCUGGGCGCCAUGGGCCAGCCAUGAAAUGCCAGCAGAUGCAUGAUGACCACAGGCAUGCUGGUGGCCAGACCUCACCAUACCCUGCCUGUGCACAGCCUUCCAGCAGUGCUCCCUGCCCUGGCGUGCCCACUGCUUGCUUGCUGCAGAGCAACUGCUACACAUCCUAGCAUCCCUUUGUGCUUUCCCAUAGAAUUUCGCAGCACUUGUCUUAAGUUAGAAAACAGAAGGCCUUGAUGUAUUGGUGGUUGUGGUCUGCAGACCAGGGAGGAGAGGAGAUGCAGGUCAGCUGUAGUGGCAGUGUGGCACCAGGGGUCAGCAUCGUGGAGAAAGCAGCAUAUCUGCUGGAGAAGUCUCCAAACGUGGGCUCUGUGCUUCUCUGCUGGGGCUGAGGGCAGCUGACAGAGGGCAGAAUGGGAUGUGAAUGCUCAGCAAGACACAGGAGGAAGAGAGCUGGUUGAGAACAGCUGUAAAAGGCUUUGCAAAGGUGCUGGUUUUUACAGGAGCAGAAGGCAAAAUGGGGCAGGAGGAUGCAGUACUGGAGCAAGGGUGCUGCAAGGCAGGGAGGGUGGGGGGGAAAUGGAGCAGGGCAUUUGACAGAGAAGCUUGGGAACAGUGGGCUUUCAAAGCAAUCUGUGCAUGCUCUGGCUGAGGAGAAAGGUAUUCCUAAGCUGAGGUGCCCAGGCCAUGUCUCGCUGCAUUGUUGGAGCAGCAAUGUUGCCUCCAAGCCCAGCACUGACAGCCUGAGCACGUGUCAUCAACCACGAUGGCUAAUGCAGCCACAAGGUGUAAAUGUCACUAAUGAAUAAAUUGCCUUGUGCCUUGGAGAGGCUAAUCCAUCACAGCCAGAGACAGGGAUCUGACAAGCCUGGCUAUUUCAGGCAUACCCUGUAGGGAGGAGGAACGCUUCGUUUCUGAGCCGUCCCCUCCACCUAAGGAAGCCGAUGCAGGGCUUGGCUCUGCGCCACUUCCCGUCUUCCCAGCCACAUGAGCUCAGGCUUCAUCCCUCUUCACUGCAACUGAAGAAGCACAGAAGGAUCUAGAUUAGCCAAAAGUGCCCUGUCAGCAGGGUGGUACAUGAGGCGAGCUGGUGAUUGAGUUUGGGGGGAAGCUGCUGGACACAGGGCACAGGUGCUGUAGGGGUGAUGGAAUACAGUGGUGGGGCCCCAGUGACUGGCAGAGCUUGUGUUAGUUGUCUGGGUGUGUUUCAGGCCAGGAGUGCUUGGCACUAUAUUUUAGAAGUGUGCUGUUUCCUCCUCACCCCACUGUCCCAGAGGCAGUGCACAGGACCCCCAUUUUCAGGACCCCCUGUGCUGCUGAACCCCAGCCACCAGCACCUUGGCUGACUGUGCAGGGGGACAGCAAGUACCAAAUGGGCUGGGACAGCUCAGCCUAGACAAAUCCAGCUCCAUGGGAGCAAAGGGGGGCUGAACACAGCAACCAUCUCUGUGCACAGCCUCUGCUCAUCGUUGUGGCAGCCUGCUCCUGCUCCCCGAGUCGGUGCUCAAAAUCAACCUGCCAUGCCAUUUGUGACAGAUGCCAGUGUGACACCUUGCAAAUCGAUGCCUGGGUCUCUGUGAGCAGAAUCCGCCAGGCUUGGGAAGCUGGCCACUGUCUCCCGCUGCCGUGUGCGCUCUGCUCAGAGCAGCGGAAAGCGGGCUCGCCAUCUGCUGUGGGGGGAGGCAGCCGGGUGUCCCUGCUCCGGCUGAUGGGACACCGCCGGCACAGCCCCAGCGCACGCCCUCCUGUCACUCCCCCUUCUUUGCCUCCCGGCCACUCCUGUCCCUCUCUCUGGCACAGAGUGAGGGGAUGCUCCCGGCUGGACUCUGCUGGGUGCUGCUGAUGCUGCGUUGGUGGGUGGUGGCAGUGCCCAAGCUCAUUCCCUCCUCCAGAUGAAGGCCCCCCUCCUCAAAGCCUGCCAGCACUCCCUGGGGAUAGAUCUCCCGGGAGAGCUAAGGUAUCUGUUCCGGCCCUGCACUCAGCACACAGUGACCAGCUAGUUUCCCACCCUGUGGUAGCCUGGAGCUGACAAGUGACCCACCAACACCAGGAAUGUUCAUACUCCAACAAUCUGCUGUCGCUGUCUGGCCAGAGUGCGUGGCAUUUGAAAUGGUUUCAGCACUUGCAGACUGGCAGAUAGUUGACUCUUGGUCUGAGGUGUGGGCAAGUGGUUGCAGGCUGCUUGGUUUGGACUUUGCCUUUUGGCCAAGAGAUUGAUGGGAGAUAGGGCAAAGAGUUCUCCAGGCAACAGCUACCUGUCCAACCAUUCCUAUGUGUGUCAGCCCAGGAAUGGGUUUGAAGGGUGCUUAAGUGGUGUUAACAGUCUCAGGUGUUAGCAGGAAAAUGAGCAGUAAAUAUCCUGGAAAACGAGUCAGAAGCUGUUCUGGUGAUGACAUGUUUUCCCAAGCCCUUUCCUUUCUGUCCCUUGUCCUCACUGGCUCUGGUGACCAGUUCCUCCUUGUGUGUCUGCUAGCAUGUCUGCAGGAUCUCAUCGCUGCGCACCAAGCAUGAGCUUUCAUUGCACAACUGGCUGACCAGCUGCAGCCCUGUCCUUGGAGCUACAGGCAGGCUUGCCUAGGACCAGGCCACCCCCAUUAAACCCCCACCCUCGCUGCUGGAGCUGUUGCUUCAUCAGCCUGAUGCUGAUCUGGGUCUUUUCUGCUGUUUCUGAACAUGAGUUCUCAUCUCAUUGAGGUGUGUCAUCCAGUGAAAAUAUUUUGUAAAUGCAAAUAAAAAUAAAUAAGUAUAUUCAAUACCUCGGUCUCGAGGAUGGGAAACAAGUAGUGGGAGAUGCCCAGGUAGGGAGGUUUCACAGCUGCUACUGCUGGUUAGGAAUUCUGGACUUAGCCCCAGAGCAUCCAUCAAUAGUUGGGAAGGGAGCUACCCAAGCCUGCGAGGGCUUGGGCCUGAGCCCUGUCAGCAGCCCUUGUGUGGCCCCUGCUGUCAGGGCAGCCUCACACUCCAUCCUUUCUGAUCUACAUGGGCGUGACAUGGUGCAGGUGAAGGUCCUGUCACCCAGGGGCCAGUGGCACCGUCGGUGUCUGUAUCCAUCAGGCAGGGCAAGGCAGAAGCGGGUACGUGAUGAAUAAAUUCUUUUGUGAACACUGGGAAAUGGUUUUUACUUUUCAACUCUGUCAAUAUGAUCUAGCUCUGUCUGUCUCUCUAUAUAUGUACAAACAGUAUAUCACAAUGUUGCCUUUUUUGUUGGAAAUAUCGAAGUACAAAGAUUGUAAACCAAAUCGGUGUAAUAAAAGUUUAAGAUGAUUCACUGA